UUCACACUCCUUUCAAAGUGCUGCUGCCAUUGAACCAGGGGGCAAGUCGACUUUGGGGCAGGUCUGGAAAAAAAAAUACCGGUAUUCUAUGGUCGAGGUGCCUUUUAAAGAAGGGUCUUUUUUUUCUUUUUUUGGUGCCAACAUCACUCGCAGAGAUCGAAGGAUCCAUUGCUGAGUUCUCUUCACACCUCUCGCUUUUGUUGGUCCUUCUCUCCUCCACGACAUCAUCAGUAGUCUAUCUUUUUACAGUACACGUCGUUCUUUCGUUGCGGUGGCACUGAACGCCCCCUUGGUGAUCAUAAUACCCCCUCCCCUCCCCCCCCUCCCCCUGCUUCCAGCAUUGGGCAGGCUUUGGAGCACCUCAAGUUUGGGAUUGAUUCCAAACACUCUCUCCGUUUGCGGCAGAGUUUGCUAGGUUGACUCUUGCUUGCACAAAAAAACAAAAACAAAAAGUCGGCGGUGUUUGCUAACGGUUCGUUUCCCACCUCCUGGCUUCCGACAUACAACUUCCGAAUAUUAACCGGAGGCAAACAAUUCGACGAUUGCGCUCUUUUUGCCUUCCUUCUAUUCACACGUUAUAAUUCUUGUUUUUUUUCUUCUUUUUCUUUUCUUUGGCGUCAAGGACCGAGUGUUUCUUGCUCCCGGUGGCUGGUGUAGUUCUCUAUUGGGCUUGUCUGGCUUCCGUGAGGGAAAAGCGCCUUUAGCCCUACCUCUCCCCAAUGUCGACGCAGGAAGAAGGAGUUGACCCACCGCAAACAUCAGAAAGUGGCCCACCGGUGCUUGCAAGUGAGAGAGCUCCAUCUGUGGCGGUGAUAGAUAAUAGUACACGUGACAACAAAUCAACGAAAAUGCUAAGCGAUGGCGGGUUUCUGGCGGUCCCUGGGGCUCGUUCACCCAGGAACUCCAUCGGGACCCCCUCGUCCGAGGGAGAUGUGACUCUGGUCCCGGGUCAACCCGUAGUUUCGGGCGCAACGACGGCUGGUAAAUCGCUUCAUGAGGACGAUGACCCGCUUAGGCCAUACACGCCAGAUGAUCCCGAGUUUAUUGUCGAAGAUAAUACUUUUGCAUUCACCCCUGGCCAGCUGGGGAGGUUGUAUAUGCCAAAGAGUCAUGCGGCUCUGAGAGCCUUGGGAGGUCUUCGGGGGUUGGAGAUUGGCCUGCGGACUGAUAGGAGAGCUGGUUUGAGUCUUGACGAAACAUCGCUGGAUGGGAGAGUCACGUUUGAACAGGCAGUUAAUCAUCGGGCGAGUGGUGGUGGGGAGCAUAGUUCAAGAGGGGGCCCGCUCGCGACCGCUGCGACAAAUGAGACUGCACGUGCGGGGGAUUUGAAGAGUGAUGCUUUUAGGGAGAGAAAGCGUGUUUUCAAGGAUAAUCGACUACCCGUAAAGAAAACCAAGAACAUCUUUCAGUUAAUGUGGAUCGCCUUUAUGGACAAGGUACUGCUUUUGUUGUCGGGCGCGGCUGUGAUUUCGCUGGCUUUGGGACUGUAUCAAACUUUUGGCGGUCAACACAAGAAGGGUGAAGGCGCUAAGGUCGAUUGGGUAGAAGGUGUGGCUAUUAUGGUAGCUAUUAUCAUUGUCGUCGUCGUAGGAGCCGGAAAUGAUUACCAGAAGGAGAGGCAGUUCGUCAAAUUAAAUAAAAAGAAAGAAGAUCGCACUGUCAAGGUAAUCCGGUCUGGUAGAUCUCUGCAGAUCUCUGUUUUCGACCUUCUUGUUGGUGAUGUUUGUCAUAUGGAACCUGGUGAUCUUAUCCCCGCGGAUGGUAUCUUUAUCUCGGGCCACAACGUCAAGGCCGACGAGUCCUCUGCUACCGGCGAAUCGGAUCAAAUGAAGAAAACUGCUUCCGACGAGGUUAUGGCCAAGAUCGAUGCUAAUGAUCCCGGAAUUCACAAAUUGGAUUGCUUCGUUUUAUCUGGUAGCAAGAUUCUCGAGGGCAUCGGCACUUUUAUGGUCACCAAUGUUGGUGUUCACAGCAGCUUUGGUAAAACCAUGAUGGCAUUGAGAGAGGAAACCGAGGCUACGCCUUUGCAAAUGAAGCUUAACAACUUGGCUGAAGCGAUUGCGAAGCUCGGUGGAGCCUCCGCUUUACUCCUCUUUAUCGUUCUCUUAAUCAAGUUCCUGGUUCAGCUUAGGGGCAGUGAUGAGACACCAUCUGAAAAGGGUCAGAAGUUCAUGCGCAUUCUCAUUACGGCAAUUACCGUUGUCGUUGUUGCUGUGCCGGAGGGACUUCCGCUUGCUGUCACACUUGCGUUGGCUUUUGCGACAACUCGCAUGCUGAGAGAUAACAAUCUUGUUCGUGUCUUACGUGCUUGUGAGACAAUGGGAAACGCAACGACAAUUUGCUCCGAUAAGACCGGCACACUUACGCAGAACAAGAUGAGUGUGGACCAGUUGAUCGCGGCGGAUUCUCAAGGGGAUGUUUCAAUUACCGAAUUUGGUGGCGAAGUGACUUUCAUUGGAUCUAAAACCGAGACCGCUUUGCUUGGGUUUGCGCGAGACUUCUUAGGCAUGGGGCCAGUCAGUGAGGAGCGUGCUAACUCUGAAAUUGUUCAACUCAUCCCCUUUGAUUCUGGAAGGAAGUGUAUGGGCUCUGUUAUCAGGCUACCUAACGGCAAAUAUCGUAUGUUCGUCAAGGGUGCCUCUGAGAUACUUUUGGCCAAGUGUACCCGGAUUGUUAAUGACAUUUCGGCGUCGGAGGUAUUGGAAUCACAGCUCACGGAGGAGAAUAUGGGCGCUUUGAACCAGGUUGAAUUUGGUGAUGUCUUUGGGGAUAUGGUUUUCUUAAGCGUCGUUGGUAUUCAGGAUCCUCUUCGUGAUGGUGUUCCGGCCGCUGUAUCCGAGUGUCAAAAGGCUGGAGUUUUCGUUCGUAUGGUUACUGGCGAUAAUUUAAUUACUGCUAAGGCUAUUGCUACUGAAUGUGGAAUUUAUACCUCCGGCGUCCUCGCUCGUUCUAGUCCUGAGGAUAAGAGAAUUCUGGUUCGCAGACUCAAAGAGCUCGGCGAGACUGUUGCGGUGACGGGUGACGGAACUAACGAUGGUCCGGCUUUGAAAAUGGCAGAUGUUGGUUUCUCUAUGGGCAUUGCUGGAACUGAGGUGGCGAAGGAGGCCUCCGCGAUCAUUCUUAUGGACGACAACUUUGCUAGUAUUGUUAAGGCAAUCAUGUGGGGUAGAGCUGUCAACGAUGCCGUCAAGAAAUUCUUGCAGUUCCAACUUACGGUCAAUAUCACUGCAGUGCUUCUAACCUUCGUUUCCGCUGCUGCUUCUGAUGAGGAGAGUUCUGUCUUGAGCGCUGUUCAACUCCUUUGGGUCAACCUUAUCAUGGAUACUUUUGCCGCUCUUGCUUUGGCUACUGAUCCCCCUACCCGUGUAAUCCUUGACCGCAAACCGGAUCCUAAGUCGGCACCCUUGAUUACUAUUACCAUGUGGAAGAUGAUUCUCGGUCAGGCCGUCUAUCAGCUUGUUGUUACGUUUAUUCUCAACUUCGCCGGUAUGAAGAUUUUGGGUUAUCAUACCGAACAUGAGAAAAGUGAACUCAAAACAUUGGUCUUCAAUACUUUCGUAUGGAUGCAGAUUUUUAACCAAUACAACAAUCGCCGGCUUGACAAUAAAUUUAAUAUCUUUGAGGGUGUCCAGAACAAUUGGUUCUUCAUUGGUAUCAACUUUAUAAUGGUUGGUGGACAGGUUAUGAUUAUUUUCGUUGGUGGCGAAGCGUUUGGUGUUGUCGAACUCAACGGUGUCCAAUGGGGUAUCUCAAUUAUUCUCGGGGCCAUCUCAAUUCCUGUGGCUGUUAUCAUUAGGUUGAUUCCGGAUCAAGUCUUGGCUAAAAUCUUACCCGACUGGAUGAGCAAGAAGGAGAACAGCAACAUCUAUGUCCACAACCAGGAUCGUUUCCAAUGGAACGAUGGAAUCGAGGCUGUUCGUGAUGAACUUGCGUUCCUCAAGAUGGUUCGUGGCGGUCGUCUUAACCAGCUCAAGUUUAGCCGCCAGAAUGUGAAGCAGAGCUUCUCGCACAUUUUCCGCCGUGGCGCACCUGAGGGCGAAAUUCAUACUGCCGAGGACGGCACUCUUCCGCCACCUUCUCCAAGCUCCCAGCGCCGCAGACGAUCGAGGUCGAAUUCGGCCUUCGCUGCAGCUGCUAUGGUGCCUUCUAUUGUGGCUGGUAGUAUCGGCGGUUGGUCGCCAAUCGAGAAGCCCAGCGAGGAGGGUGUAAUAAGGCUCCCAUCUCGUGGGGAGUCACAGGACGGAACUCUUGCUCCUCCCUCAUUAAAUCCUAACGAUAACAUCCGAGAAAUCUCAUCAUCCUCAAACGAGAAGAUGCUUACCCUUCCAAAAAUUUAAUGUAUAUUUAAUCGAUUUCCUCUCGCGUCGCUAUUCAUACACGUUCGUGGCUAUCAAGCGGUCAGGGGAGUAAGGUUAGUGUUUUUUUAGUGUUUUUUUAUAGAAAGGGGAUGGGUUGCUGGAAUUGAUCUAAAAAAACAGCUUGUUUUAUUUUCUCUUCCUUUUUACACUGCGUCUAUCAUAGCACCGUCUGGGCUUAACUCUAACAGCAGUAGCACUCUGGCUGAAGCUAAUAUCAAAAGCACGAGGGAAAAAAGAGGUCAAACCUCAAUUUCGAAUUUGGAUGUUCCGACCCUCUCCUUGUCCUCCACUCUUUUUUUGUAAUCAUGUUUGGCCCUCCUUCCCUUGUCACAUUUUCAUAAUCUUGUUAGGGUAUUAUUUACUCACCAUCCUUCCGUUUUCACUAUCGUCGCCGCGACAGCCUACAUAUAUACCUGCCUACUUGCCUGCCUACUCAUUACCCCUUUCCUUUCCAAACACGGCCCCGGUUUUCGGCCACAACAAAAAGUGGUUUUAUGCGGGGUGUUUUUGCAUUUUUAUUUCUUUUGUUCUAGGCCAUUUUUUCUUUGCUUUUCCCAUCUUUCUCUGGAAAGAAAAAAUCUCCUGAUGGGAUAUGACACGUCUGGUUUCUUUUAUAUUAUAUAUGUAAACCUUUUGACUGUCUCUAACCUCAUGACGGUGUUGACUGGAUAUUGUGGAUUGGAUUGAACCAAGCUCGGCUUAGAUGGAUGGGGGUUGUAAAAUUACUUCGUGGGGGGAGGUUGUUGUGUAUAGCAUAGCUUAUUGGUUCUUUCCCCCGUUUCUAAUUACUGAAACAUUUGUUAUCAUAAAUAGACUUUCUUUUCUCCA